AUGAUCCCCUUUCAUUUGGAUAUCAGAUGCCUAACUUUUCUUCUUAUCUACACAGCAUUUGAUGCUGUCUUAUCUUCAAACUCUGAGAUGAAAGUUUAUCCUCCACAGGAUUUUGAGAUAGCAGAUCCUGGAUAUUUGGGUUAUAUCUAUUUGAUUUGGCAACCUCCCUUAAAGAUAGAUAAUUUUAAUGAUUGUACAGUAGAAUAUGAAUUAAAAUACCGAAACAUUGAUGGUGGACGCUGGAAGACCAUCAUCACCAAGAAUCUCUUUUACAAAGAUGGGUUUGAUCUUAACAAAGGCAUUGAAGCAAAGAUUCACACACUGGUGCCAGAGCAAUGCACCAAUGGAUCGAAAGUUAAAAGUUCUUGGUCAGAAGCUACUUAUUGGGCAUCAACAAAAGGACAUGCCAACACCAGAAUUCAGGGCAUGGAAUGUGUGUAUAAGAAUUGGCAACAUUUAUUCUGCUUUUGGGAACCUGGAGUAGGAGCACCUAUAGAUAGCAUUUACAACUUGUUUUACUGGUAUGAAGGUUUGGAGCAUGCAGUACAGUGUCCCGGUUAUAUUAAGGCUGAUCAAAAAAAUAUUGGAUGUAGAUUCCCUCAAUUGAUGUCAUCAGACUAUAAAGAUUUCUUCAUUUGUGUCAAUGGAACAUCACAAUUCAAAGCUAUCAGACCCAGCUACUUCAUUUUUCAGCUUCAAAAUCUAGUUAAACCAUUACCACCAGACUACAUGACUCUUCUUGUGAAGGACUCGGAUGAUAUUUACCUCAGAUGGACAGUGCCAAGAGGCCCCAUUCCACCAAAGUGUUUAAUUUAUGAAAUUCUAUUCAUAGAAGAUGAUUGUACCAGAAUUCAGACAACUACGUUUGAAAAUGAAAUGUUGGUCACAAGAUCAUCAAAUGGAAGCCAAAAAUUAUGCUUUUUCGUCAGAAGCAAAAUGAAUGUUUACUGUGCAGAGAAUGGAAUUUGGAGUGAAUGGAGUCAGGAGCAGUGCUGGAAAGGUGACAUAGUGAACGAAUCGGCCAUAUUAGUUUUGCUGCCACUUGGCUUUCUGUUGUUUUUAAUUCUGACCACAAUAUGUAUUCUUCUGUACAAACAAAAAGUUAUACAGAAAGUGGUGGACCGGGGAAUGGGAAGUGCCUUCCCUCCUUGGGAGCUCGGUGGGAAUCAAACCUCAAUCAAUCUCCUAGAAAAUGUGACAAUUCAGAAAGGUAUCAGACUUAAUGACAUGCUGGGAGGAGAAGAUAUGGGGGAAAAACCUGGGAACACUGAAGGAGGUUGA